AGCACAAGAUCUGUUCCAACCCAUCCCCUACCUGUACUACAGACGACGACGCUCCCCCAGUCUGUCCAGCACCCGCCACGUAGAGAGGAGCAGGAGAAGGAUCAAGAGAGACCUCCUGGACGACAACUACGGCAUCCCCUACGCCUUCUACCCCUCCCAAUACCCCGAGGAGAGGUCCAGCGACGCUUAUGACGAUGACGUGGACAGCACACCUCUGAGCGAGGCGGAAGUGGAGUAUAUGUACAAACUUUUCCUCACAGUACUCGCAGAGAACUACGCGAAAGAACUCGCAGAGGAGGAGGAAGCGGAAGAAGCGGAGGAAGAAGCGGAGGAAGGGAGGAGGAGCCCUUAUGAGGAGAUUGAAGAAGAGCAAGUCCCUCUCAGACCGGAGUAUAUUCCGGAGAGCGAGGACGUCAGAGAUAGAGCGGAAGAGGAAGCGCUCGCGGCGUACUUACCCGAAGACGUGCUCGCCGCUUACGGACAACAACAAAGAUACGGCGCUUUCGACCGUCCCUUGGAGACGGAGGAGGAGUAUAGACCCGAGGACAAGCGGUCAAUGAUGGACUAUUACCCAGGGGAAAGGAUGGACAAGCGGUACUUCUUUCCGUUCAGCGACGAACCCCAAACCCACUGGGGCGCUUUCGUGCCUGAGAAGAGAGAUUACGGCGACGCUAUCCAGAGGCUUCAAAGGCUCGCUUUGGCACUGAGUGACAGUGACAGUGAGGGGUCAUCCUUCGGGAACCAGCUGGAGGGAUACGAAAAGAAGUAAGAAGACGACGGCAGAGGAGAUGUUGUGGAAGGGCUAGCCGUGGGAGCUGAGGACUACGUGCGUUCGCCCAGCCUUCCAGAGAGCCAGAGUUCUUCUCCCACUUUUGUUGGUGUUGUUUGCGUCUUCUUUGGGUUGUUGUAACAGUUUUACGGCACUUGCAACACAAACGGGGCACAUUAUUUAAAUAAUAAGUGACAAUUUCCAUCUUGUUUUUAAUUUUAGUGAUAGUUUUAUUACUGCGGCAUUUGCAUUUCACAACUAGCCAUUUAGGUGCAAAUUUGCAUUGUCUGUUUCUGUCAAAUAAAUACAUGCCGUUGACAGGCUGUUCACUUCAAUGUGCUAAACUCAGAAAUAUACAAUUUUCAGGAGAUAACACCCCCACCCCCCAUCUCCCUAAAAAACCCAAAAAACUCAAACAUUUCAUUUCUUUAACAAUUUUACCUAGAUCUAAAUUAAGCUUUUUUUCAACAUUCAGAAUUUGACUUUUGGAGAAAUAUUUCUUGAGCUCAUGCAAACAAUGCUACAGAUGAUAAAACUGCAAUUUAAAAGAAAGAGAAAAAACAAAUUGAGCUCAGUACCGACACCUGUCUGAACUGCAGAUUGACCAUGCAUCUUUUUUCAUAGAUUUGUCCCAUCGAUACUAAAAUAUCUAUUGCUGCAUACACCUAGUCAAAGAAAGACAAGUCUGAAUUUGGACUAGAAAUUCCCCUGAAACGGUGGAACAACCGACCGGCCGCCAGUUUGUACUUGUACCAUGAUGAAACUAAAAGAAGUUGAUGCGUGAAAGGGGGUGGGGGUGGGGGUGGGGGUGGUGCCAACCCUAUAAGAAUAUAAGUAUAACUUAGCAUAUAAAUAAGUGUACUAUUGAUUCUGCUGGGGUUAGGCGGCCUUACCACAACAUCCCACUUUAAACGGGUGUCCGACAAAACAGGUCAAAGUCAAGCACUUUUUGGGGUCUUAAAUUGUGUUAUCAUAAUAUUAUAUCACCGUAAUUUCAAGUGUAAGAGUAUGGGUUUAACAUCCCUUUCAACACUAUAAGGUUACGGUAAUUACAACUUGUAAUACUAUAUUAUUUUAAAAAAGUAAAAUGAACAUUUUUCACAAAAUUCGAGCAUUUCUGGAAGAUAAUAAAUAAGACAGAAAUUACCUUUUGCUUCUAUAAAAGCGUUUGACCUAGUUUGGCGGAUACACAGUUAAUCGUAGGCCUAAAGAAUGUAUAAUCUAUUUAUGUCUUAAGUAUUUCGCAAUGUUCCAAAGAUACUUUUUAAUAUAUCAACUUUCCACCACCAAACAAAAGCAAACGGGAGAACUCUGGGAACUCUGAUCUACAAGUGUUGUGAAUUUCCUCAGCAGACUGGAGCUCUCUUGCGUUGUGUGAUCGUCGUGUUGUCUUGUUCAACUAACACAGGACUUGAAUUAUAAUACAAUGUGUACUUACUAGACCGGGCACUGUCAUGGCAACCACUUUCCGCUUUCUAAUACAUAUAUAUAGAACUUCGCUGGACGCACAAAAGAAGGGCAAAAAACAAGUCUCGCUUCAGUUGAGUGCGUGGGCGACUUUUCCCUACUAGAUUUGCUCUUCAUUUGGUUCCAAAUACAGUGCAGCCUCUCUCUAUAACGACAUCGUCGGGACCAGAAGAAAAAAAAUCAUUAUAGAGAGUUGUGGUUAUAGUUAUAGAGAGGCAGUGAAAAAUAUUACUAACGCUACAGGGAAUAAAUCGGGACCUGGGCACCAUGUCGAUAUACAGAGGAUGUCGUUAUAUCGAAGGUCGUUAUAAGAGAGGCUGCACUGCAGUUGAAAUAGUCCAAUGGUGCGCUCCUGGCUCGAAAUAUGAGUCAAUCUGUCCCCGCAGUUUUAUGCAAUUUUUUUUUUCUGAAAUUAGGCAAACUGAGCCCAAAACUGUGAAAUUAUGCGAUUCUGUUACAUUUAACAAAGAAUGAUAAGGGAAAAUAAUCAGAAAUUAUGUAAAACAACAACAAAAAAUAUAAUUUUGACAAAUUAUGCGGGGCGCAUUAAACCACGGGGACAGGUCAAUGACUCAAAUGGUGCGCACCACGAUGAACCAGAAUGACGCCAGGGGUGCCCUGUCUUGGGUAUUAUAACCAAAGAUCGUACAUAACAAGAUAGUUCACUCCUCUCUUUGAGUUUGAGCCAAUUAAAAAAAGUGUCCUCAAAAUUCGGACUUUGCAAUCAGUCCGAUCAGAGUUACCCUACUUGUGUGAAAAACAAUAAAAGUGGAACUAACAAACUGUACUAUUCCUAUUCUUCUUCUGGAGAAAUGAAAGAGAAGCUUCAAAUCAAAGACUACAGCGCCAUCUGAAGCAAUGCGCGGACUUCUGCGGACACUUUUUUUUGGCGGGGUGAACUGUCCAUCUUGUUAUGUACGAUCUUUGGUAUUAUAAUACACGUCUUAGUGAUCAACUCUCUUACUACCGUAGGCCCUACUAACUGCUUCUGCAUGCAGUGGCGACAUGCUGGCUCAGUGGGAAGAUGUGCUGGCUGUGAAAGUAUAUUCAUUAUCGUUGUUGUUGUUGUUCCGCUUUUUUGUGAUAGAAACCAUUCCCACCAUGAGGAGAGUGGCGAUCCAGACGGUUUGUGUUCAUCAAGAUUUGUUGAGCGUACCGGUACAGUAUUUGUCAGGGUCGUCCCGUGGUUUCCUUGUGUUUGCGAGUCAAGCUAGUGUAAUAUUGUCAGUUGGUUGGAGCAGGAACAAAACAUACAUUCUAUGAUGAUGAUGAUAUGAACGUGAGAAAUAAAACAAACAUUUAGACUGUUG